UCCUCGAGCGGGCGAUCGCGCGUGGCGAGAGCGUCAUGCUCAUCCCCGGCGGUACGCGAGAGCUCAUGCUCACCGACGGCCACUCCACCACCACGAAGCUGGUGCUGCUCGGGCGCAAGGGUUUCGUCAAGCUCGCCAUCCGUCACGGCUUGCAGCUAGUGCCGGGCUUCUGCUUUGGCGAGAAGUGGGUGCACGACAUCGUCCUGCUGCCGGCGUCGCUGCGCGCCUUUCUGCACCGGCGCUUCAAGUUGGCGGGGUGCGCCCUCGCUGGCCGAUGGUGGAGCUUCGUUGGCAAGGUCGCACAGGCGGAUGGCACGCCCAUAUCUCUCGGCUACGUGUGGGGUGCGCCGAUGUCGAUCCGGCACGACCCAGAUUGCGACGACCAGUACGUGCAGCAGGUGCACGAGCAGUACAUGGCGGCGGUGCUCGACCUCUUCGAGCGGCACAAGCAGCGAUUCGGCUACUCGGCAGAGGAGCAACUCGACUUUGUCGCGGCCGAGGACUAGCGCUUAUAUUCAGAGUUCUCUGCGGAGCGAUGUGGUGCGGGUGUGGUGUCGUCGGCUCGUCGGGUCGCAGGGGAGAGCCGAGCGCGUUUUCGGUGUUGUGU